AUGCCACUACUCUCAUGCUCUCAUGCCACUGCUCUCAUGCUCUCAUGCCACUACUCUCAUGCUCUCAUGCCACUGCUCUCAUGCUCUUAUGCCACUGCUCCCAUGCUCUCAUGCCACUGCUCUCAUGCUUUCAUGCCACUGCUCUCAUGCUCUCAUGCCACUGCUCUCAUGCUCUCAUGCCACUACUCUCAUGCUCUCAUGCCACUGCUCUCAUGCUCUUAUGCCACUGCUCCCAUGCUCUCAUGCCACUGCUCUCAUGCUUUCAUGCCACUGCUCUCAUGCUCUCAUGCCACUGCUCUCAUGCUCUCAUGCCACUUCUCUCAUGCUCUCAUGCCACUACUCUCAUGCUCUCAUGCCACUGCUCUCAUGCUCUUAUGCCACUGCUCUCAUGCUCUCAUGCCACUGCUCUCAUGCUCUCAUGCCACUGCUCUCAUGCUCUCAUGCCACUGCUCUCAUGCUUUCAUGCCACUGCUCUCAUGCUCUCAUGCCACUGCUCUCAUGCUUUCAUGCCACUGCUCUCAUGCUCUCAUGCCACUGCUCUCAUGCUCUCAUGCCACUGCUCUCAUGCUCUCAUGCCACUUCUCUCAUGCUCUCGUGCCACUGCUCUCAUGCUCUCAUGCCACUGCUCUCAUUGCCACUGCUCUCAUUCUCCCAUGCCACUGCUCUCAUUCUCUCAUGCCAUUUCUCUCAUGCUCUCAUGCGACUGAGGCGAGGCGCAUCUCCUCUGCAUGCUCCCUCUCCCGCCUUCCUCCCCCGCCCUCCCCACCCCUUGCUCUCCCCUUUGUACCUGACCAGGUUGCAGGCGGGCAGGGCGCAUCCUCUGCAUUCACUCCCUCUCGUGCAUCCCUCCCCCUAACGCCGCCUCCCUCCUCUCGUACCUCACCCCCCUCCUCCUCUGCCUUCUCUGGUCCUCCCUCCACUCCCCCACACCCCGAGUCUCCCACUUUGCCAUUCCUUCCUCCACCUUCUCCUCGCUCUCCCCUCUCUCCACCCCCACCUCCUCUACUCUCACCGCUCUCAACCCAUCUGCAUCUACACUGCACGUCAGAAGCUGAUAGCAGCAAACGGGAGGGCGGUAAUGUAGUGGGGGAAGAGGAGGUAGGGCCAGGGCAGCAGCAGCAGCAGUAG